AUGGCAUCAGAUUCCAAGGAUAUAGCUUUCGAUUACUCGCCAUAUUUUCGCCUGUACACUGAUGCUCAAAUUGACAGAUUAAUUCUUAAUCAACUCGUUUCACCCUCUGAUGAUCCCAAAUCAGUCGUCCGAUCCAAAGAUGUUGUAACUCUAACUGAAUCCGGCGUUUCUGCGCGCAUUUUCAUACCGAAUGUUAGAGAUCCGCCACGGAAAAUUCCCCUUCUGGUGUACAUUCACGGCGGUGCGUUCGUUCUCGGAUCGCCCGCAAAUCCGCCCUUUCAUAAUUUUGUAAGCUCUCUUGUCGAAAAAGCAAACGUUAUAGCAGUUUCAGUUGAUUAUAGACUGGCCCCUGAAAACCCUCUCCCAAUCGCAUUUGAUGAUUCAUGGGAAGCAUUUCAGUGGGUGAUUUCACAUGUCAAUGGCAAUGGACCCGAUCCAUGGAUAAACGAAUAUGCCGAUUUUGGGAGGGUUUUCUUGGCUGGAGAGAGUGCCGGAGCCAAUAUUGCGCACGAUGUAGCAAUCCGAGCUGGGGAAAAUAAACUUCAAGGAGUUGAAAUUGUUGGGCUUUUAUUGGUUCAUCCAUUUUUCGGUGGCAAGGAAGAAGAUAAACUAUACAAAACUUUGUGUCCUGCCAGUAGUGGUUGUGAUGAUGAUCCAAGGUUGAAUCCGGCCGUGGAUCCCCGGUUGCGGACAAUGGCGGCGCAUAGAGUUCUGUUCUGUUUAGCAGAGAAAGAUUUCUUGAGAGAGAAAGGGAGGGCUUAUUAUGAGGAGUUGAAGAAGAGUGAGUGGGAAGGAGAAGUGGAGAUUAUGGAGACAGAGGGAGAAGGCCAUGGGUUUCAUCUGUUUAAUCCAGAUUCUGAGAAGGCUUUAGAUUUGAUGAAUCAGUUGGCUGCAUUCUUGAUCAUGAAAAAUCAAGAUCCAAAAAACUGUAACCGAAAUGGGAGACUGGGCAUAUUAGGAACCGAUUUCUUAUUAUUUGACCGAGGCCAAUUUCUUAUCAAGUACCAAGACAUAGCUUUUGAACUUUUUCAGUGA